GGGAAGAAAAAAUGAAGUUUUUUUUUUUUUUGUGAAUUUUCCCUUCGUGGUUUUGUGUUUGAUCAUUUCCAUGUGCGAUUCUUGAAGUGGAAACCAGCAACCGAAAAUUCAUAGCACAAAUGCGUCGUUUCGAGCAAAGGAGCUUCACGAUAACACUCUGUGUUUUUCCGGCUAAUUGAUGGUCUCGGUCGGGAUCAAUGCCGGUAGGUCCGAUGUGCAGAUGGAUUGUGGCCAGAGAAGACGUCCAUGCCUUCGAUUCUACAUGAACUAUUGUGUAUUUACACAGAGCAUUAUAGAAUUUCCUGAGGAGUAGGCAUGAGAAACUUGAUGGAAGACGAGGGCUUGGGAGAUGACUCCCCUCCGGUUUCAUCGGAGGAAGAAUGGUCGAAUGAAAGGAAGAGAGGCUUUGAUGUGACAGAUGUUCGAUCACAGAAGAAGCACAGGUUUGGUGAAAAUUCGAAAUCAGAAUUUGAAUUGGGUUCUGCUGCUUCGGAUUGUCGUUGUGAGUCUGGUCUCUCCAAGGCAUCAUCAGAUGGUGGAUCCCAUUCUGAUAAACGAGAUGGUAGUGGGAGUUCUGGAAAGCGGAGGCGGACCAGGAGGGACCCGCGAGUCGGGGAUGAUGAAGAAAGUGCAGAAGACGAUAGGAGCAAGAAACGAAGAAAAACUAGGUGGUCUAGCUUCGAUACACGGAUAAAAUUGUUAGGACCCCUACAGCUUCCCGACUUCAUCAAAGAGAGUGCACUAGAAUCCGACUCCGACCCAGAAAUAGUUAAGCUGAAGGCAGAGCUUGCAGAACUCAACAGUGAAUUGCAAAAGCCGGUGCUUCACGACGUCCGACCCUCGGAAGAUCAAUCCCCUUCUCCUGAACCUGUGUACAAUGAUCUCGGCAUCAGAGUCAACACGCGUGAAGUAAGGCUUCGGGAGGAACUCGUUAGGAAACGCCAAGGAAUUAUAUCGAAAUUGAUCCAGAAGCACCCAACUUUCAAGACUCCUCCAAUCCGCAAGCCCUCCAAGCUCUUCAAGAAGCUUUACGUGCCAGUGAAGCAGUACCCAGGAUACAAUUUUGUCGAUCUUAUUCUUGGUCCUCGCGGAAAUACUCAAAAGAGGAUAGAGAAAGAAACCGGAGCAAGGAUUUCCCUGAGGGGCGCAGGCUCCUUCGCCCGGGGGAAACAUGCCUCUGAAAACGAUGACUUGCACGUCUACAUAGAGGCAGAUAAUCAAGAAUCUCUAGAUGCAGCAGCUGGAAUGGUUGAGAAACUUCUGAUUCCGGUUGAUGCGAGAAUGAAUGAUCACAAACGAACCCAACUGAAGGAGUUUUGUGCAUUGAGAAAAUUUUAUCCCGAGGCACAAGGUCCGUGCUUUAUGUGUGGCAUGCAAAGGCAUCCAAAUCAUGCCUGCCCUGCCCAGCCACCUGAUUCUUCUUAUGUUUCCUGCAACACAUCCGACAGCAAUGGAAAUCUCUAUGUCAGCCACUUGCCUCUAACGGUAGAUGAUGAUCAGUUGAAAGAGUUGUUCUGUCCUUUUGGCAAGCUUGUUGAAGCUAAUUUGAUUAGGGACCAUAACACAGGAGUCAGCAAAGGUUAUGGGUUUGUCCGAUUUGAAAAUCCAUCUGAUGCAGCUGUAGCUUCGUCACAUUUAAAUGGGUUCGAGAUGGGGAAGAAGGUAUUGACUGUGAAAGUGGCUGGAAAAGCAAAAGUUGGUGAAUCAGUCUCUCCUAGUGUUGCGAGCCAGACAGCUUGGCCAGGUCCGCCAGGAUCAUUGCUUUUGGAGCCUCAGGGCUCCUGUGCACCAAGCAUCACAAACCACACAACUCUGCCUGGUCCACCAGAAUCACUGCUUGUAGAAGCUUCAAUCUGCUCUACUCCAUGUGUUGCAACCCAGGUGGCUUGGCCUGGUCCACCUGGAUCACAACUGAUGGAACCCCAGGCUUCCUUUCAGAAGAGUGAAGGGAUGUCUGAUCUCCCUUCUCAGAAUCACGACUUCAACUUCACUCCAUCUAGCGUUCAAAGUCUCUCAAAUAGUAGCAAUACAAGUUCCCUCCGUUCAUCUAGCCGUUUUUCAGACCGGUUUCCAUCUUCAUCACCGUGUUCAUUAGUGCAGCUCCCUGGUCAUCCUGACUACCCUAACUCUAGCUCCUCAUUCGAAACUAUCCAUGAAAAUCCAAAAGAUUUCCAGACACCAGAGAGCCUUGUGAAACCAAUAAACUGGCCAACGGCUCAUCGGCCAUCAUAGCCUUGGUGUGCUGUAUAUAGCUAUAUCAAAGAAAUAGUGAGUAAAUAUGAGAUGAGUGCUCGUAUACUUUUUUGUGCUAUUUCGAACAUCAGCCAAUAUUAUCUGCGAAACUUCAGUGAUUACAGCUAAACAUUCAGCUCACGCUUUGUUCUAAUGUUGAAUUUUCAGUGUUCUUCUCA